CAAAAUCCCCAAUCCGCCGCCUCGUCCCGUCGCCUGCCGGCCUUGGGCGAGCCACACCGCCCCGCCGUGGAGCCGUACUGACCGGAGCUCCUACCACCGCGGCAAUUCCACACCGCACCGUUGACCACGUGGGCUCCUCGAGGUGGCUGAUUGUUUGACGUCUUCUCCUUCACAAUCAAUUUCUUGAUUUAUUUUGCUACGGAGUCCGGGUAGUUCAAAAUCAGGGAACUUCGCCAAGUGUGCAUACUCUGUUCGCCUGUCUUAGAAGAUGGAAGCAUGUCCUGAUAGUCGGCGAUGUCUCCCGGCUUGGAUGAUGAAACCAUGUUCAAGUAAUGAAGUUUCAAACACUAAGAAGCAGGUGGUGGAAUCAGGGGCUCUAGAUCAGGUGAAGCCCAUCAGAAGGAAGACAAAAACUGUGGAUACAGAGGCUGCUGGUGAACUCAGAGCGUUGCAGCGAUUUCAGGGUAGAGAAAAGGUCAGGAGAAAGAGCAAGGAUGAUGAUCACUCUGUCAAUGAUGGAUUUGACGAAAUAGAGAAAAUAACUUGGAAGAAUGUAAAGAAAGUGGCUGGAAGAGCUGCUCCGAAGAAUAGCAGGAGAAAAAAGCUGGAGAAUGUUGGAUCAGAAGCGUCAUCGUCAGGAAUAACUGACGAUGAGAUAGAGCUCACCGCUGGAAAAUCCAGAGCUUUGCAGCGAUGUCAAGGUAGAGAAGUAGUGUCCAGAAAAAAGCGCAACAGUGCUGAUUAUGCUGCUGAAGCUGAAGUUGAAGAAACCAGGGAAACAACUCGUAAGAAUGUGACAAAAGUGACUGCCAGAGCUGCUCCGAAGAAUAGCAGGAAACGAAAGCUGGAUAAUGUUGAAUCGGAAGCAUUGUCAUCAUCUACAACUGAUGACGAGAUAGAACUUACUGUAGAAGAUCUUGUGAGCAUAGCUGAAGAGAUUGUAAAUGCGGGUAAAGCGAAGCGACAAGACGGACGGACCACAAAGACAGCACGAUAUGAAGAGAAUUCUACAUGCCCUCCAGCUUCUACUUCAGCUGAUACAGGAGGACUAGCAUCAAGCACUUGGAAGGGGUUGAUGCAGUGCACAGCAGCCACCACAAGUAAGACUCCAAGUGAGCGCAGAAUAGACAAGAGCAACGGAUAUGAAGAGCUGCAGCAGUGUCCAUCAGGUAUCACAAUGACAGCACGAUAUGAAGAGAAUUCUACAUGCCCUCCAGCUUCUACUUCAGCUGAUACAGGAGGACCAGCAUCAAGCACUUGGAAAGGGUUGGUGCAGUGCACAGAAACCACCACAAAUAAGACUCCAAGUGACUGCAGAGUAGACAAGAGCAACGGAUAUGAAGAGCCGCAGCAGUGUCCAUCAGGUAUCACAAUGACAGGUGAUGGUGCUCAGGACAUGCUGAACAUAUUGCUCGGAACGAUGUGGAGCAAAACUGCAGCGUAUGAAAAGAAGUCUGAGCCUGCAGCCUAUGAAAAGAAAUCUGAAGUCAUGGAACAGGCGACCAUGAACAUGAAUCAUGCGCCGAUGUGGAGCCAAACUGCAGCCUGUGAAAAGAAGUCCGAGGCUGCAGAUGAAAAGAAGUCUGAGCCUGCUGCCUAUGAAAAAAAAUCUGAGGUCACAGAGCCAAUGACCAUGAACGUGGAUCAUGCGGCAGCGCCGCCGCGGAAGAAAGACUGGCAGACUGUACCCCAUGUGCAGGGGGAACUUGUCGUGGCGAAGAAGAAGAGCAGCCUGAAAGACAAGAUUGCCCUGUUUCUUUGACCGGGGCAAUUGAGGUGCUGAACUAUGGCUGGAGCAUGGAUCUGACGGUCAGCUGACAGCUGGUUCUCAGGUUGUGCAUCGUCCUGUAAACUAUAACCCGCGCGGCGUUAUGGUUCACGUGUAAAUUAUAUUCUCUAGUAGGAGUAGGUUAAUGAAUCUCUUUUCUUUUAUUUUUUUAGGAGAACUGUGUACAGUAUGUUCGUGCCUUUAAUUUGAAGACGUGAGCUUGUGGGUUGUGACGGUGAUGUGAAAGGUAUUUCCAAUUUGCUAA